ACAGCGGUAAUUUGGAACUCUAAAAGGGUCUAUUUUGAACAAUUUCAAACCCACUCUUUUAAAUGUAUUCCAAAAUUACACUCGCAACCAUAUAAUUUCCUAUCAUUUGUUUAAUUUUCUCGGAGAAAAAAAGCAAACAUCCGAGCUCCAGGUGCAUGGGGUAUAGUUAUCAUCAGUGUUGCUCCUUAGGUUCACAUGCUAUGAAAACAGCAGUAAUUGGACUGUGCUGAGUGCAUUUGGCCAGUACAGUAUACUGCUAGUUAUGAUUGAUUAUAUUUCAAUAUAAUUCGAUUGUAUGCAGUGUAUGAAGUAUAAUGUACUUAAGACAAAUCUGCAUAAAUCAUACGGCACUUUUAUUUUGCAAUCAUGCAUCCUUUUCCACAAUCGCUUUAUGAUUUCAGACCAAAUGCACACCACUCAGYCCGAUUACUUCUGUUUUCAUAGCAUGUGAGCCUAAGGAGCAUGAUGAUAUAUCAUUGCAAUAUGAAAUUAAAGUCCCAUUCAUUAUAUUAUAGAGCACAUGCAGGGACUAGCUUGUUUAUACAGUGCCAUCCACAGGCAAGGAGUUAGUGUAACAUACAUUUAGUAUAUUGUACGCAAGAACAUUGCUUGGGUUGCCUGUGUGCUUUCCAGUUAUUUUGUAGCUGAUGACGUCUCGUUUGGCGGCGUAUUCUUCAAAAUUGGUUCAUUGGCGACAAGAAUGGAACAGAAGAAACCCUUUGUCCCUCAUAGUCAUCUCCCGUACGGCGAGGUUGGUUCUGGGUAUUUUUCAACUCGUAGCAUUGCUAAUCGUCAAGUGGUUAAGACAGCGACCCCUUUGGUUCUGAGAGAACUUGAUGCUAUGGCCCUAGAAAAACAGUCUGUGGUAACCCUAGUGGAUUAUGGGACGGCUGAUGGUGGAAUUUCGAUGGAUCUUAUCUACGCAUGCGUCAAAGCAAUACGAGAAAAAUAUGGAGCUGAACUACCGAUCAAUGUGAUCUACGAGGAUCAACCCGUCAAUGAUUUCACGUCUGUGUUCUUGAGAACACAAGGUUUGAUACCUGGUCCUCGCAGUUAUCUCCAAGAUUUCCCCAAUGUGUUCGUCAUGGCCAGCGGUACAAAUUUCUACGAUCAGUGUUUCCCCAAUGAUAGCGUGACAUUGGGGUUCUCUUCUAAUUGUGCACAUUGGUUGCGUGACAAGCCUUGUGGAGGAAGUAUGGUCUUGGCGGAAGGUGCUUUGACCGAAGAUGGCCAGUUUCCAGGACACACGAAUGACAUCAAAUAUUGUUGUAUGACACUGUUAUCGACACUUUGGAAAUCACUUGCAGAUGAGGGCAUUAUUACCAAUGACGAGGUUACCGAAACAAACCUAAACUUUUACUUCAGAAGGGUAGAUGAGUUCAAGAAGCCAUUCAAAUGUCCUGACUCGCCUGUUGUCAAAGCAGGUCUUGAGUUGGUUUCCAUAGAAACGAAAAUAGUGCCUUGUGCAUAUAAGRAAAAAUGGAUCAAAGAAAAGGGAGAUGCCAAAGAACAUGCGAAGAAAUAUGUAGGAAGUAUUCGAGCGUGGAGCAACAGCACAUUUCUUUCAGGACUCUCGGAUUCUCGUUCUGCCGAAGAGAAAUCUWGGAUCGUCAAUGAAUUGUACCACCGUUACGAAGAUGAGGUGGCCAAGUGCCCUGAGGAUCAUGGGGUUGAUUAUGUUAACGCCUAUUUGGUCUUACGAAAACGUCUUUAAAACCACGCCAGUUUCGAGUUUCACUCAGGGAAAACCUCCAUUUUGUGUUAAACAUUCACGUAUUYCUUUCCAGCUGAGCGAUGAACUUUGUUUCAGCCCAUCACAGCGGGUUUUGCCGAAUGCCCUCAUUCCCAGGCUACUGUAAUCCAACUUUUGCGUGUUCUCCUUUUUUUUUUUUUAUUUUUGUUUGUUUUUUUACUAAAAUAUAAUAUAUCUCCCUACAAGAACAGGUAAGGAAGAAUAAAAAAAUUACUUUAUCGCUACGUUUGCUUCGUUCUUUCAAGCAUCAAAAAAUAUUUAGGGCCGGUCGUUUUGUUCACUCAUGCUUUAAGCGCUGCGUUCACCCGCUCAGCUGGUUUGCUACGAGAUAAGUAUUACUAAUUCAGUAGUCAUGUUAGACAGUUAUUUACAUCAAGUAGUGGUUAAGUUGGUUGUAAAGGGGUUGGUUUAAAACAAUGUAAGUUUAUUACAAGUGUACAUGGUGUAAGCCAUACGGUUUGUAGACAAAAGAGCGUGCUUUAAAAUAGCUCUUGAUGCUGGUUGUUUCAUUAAAGUACUUAUACGACAAAAAUCGA